UUUUUUUUUUUUUUUUUUUUUUAAGGUAAUUCCGGAAGGCUGUAGGCUUCUCGGGUGGAGAAGGCCAGGAGGGAAGAGGCUCACUGAGGGGUGGGGUGGAGCGAGGAGGUGAAUACACAGGAUGCUGCUGGCCUUGUCACCUGACAACAGGUGUGCGGGCUGGUGCACCCCACCUCCACUCCUGCAGGGAGCACAGAUCCCUCAAAGAUCUUGUCGGUGGACUCCUUGGAAGGCGUUAGACAAGAUGUUAGGGAAAAUAUUCAUGCGUUUGAAAGUCAGAGACUAACAGCAGCCGAGACAAACCUUGAAUUCAACAAUUAAAAUUACCACGGAUUCUUUGUAAGACUUUAGUGAUCCAAUAAAGGCAUGUAAGAAUAGACAAGUAGAGGGGUACUUCUCGCUCUGUCUUUUUUCUACCUUUGUGGUUUGAGGUUUUAUCAUUAAAGAGGGGGGAAAGUGCUUUGUUCCAAGGCUUCCUGCUCCAGGGACUGGGAAUUUUGAACAGUUUUAGGUUUGAGUAGGAGACUCGUUGUGAAUUAGGUGGAACCUACCUACUUCAGGGUGACUAGUCAGCUGUCAGAGGCGCUAUUAGCUCUGAAAUGGACACCUCAUGUGUGCAACUGGCAUUAAUAGCCCUUGUACACAACUAAGCAUAGUUGGCCGGUGGCAUCUCAGUCUCGUACAAGAGGCUCCUGGAUGAGGAUAAGGUGGUUUUCAAUUUAUUUGUCUUUCUUUUUUCAAAAAAUCCUCAAGACUUUAAAUUCUUUUUCUAUUCAAGUUUUAAGAAGAGCGUGAGAAAUCUCUCCAGUCGAUUAUUGUUGUAAUCUCUUGCCGUUGUUAAUGCUGAUCCCUCAAUAAAGGCGUUGAGUAGGAGAGAAGGGGUUAAAGUAAGGGAACAUUGUUUGAGGCAAGGCCUUUAGAAUGAGGAAGGGAUGGCUCACAUUUUAUUAAACUUUAAGAGGUGUCUGGAACAUCACACAUGACUCUCUAAUACACCACUGUAAGUCACUGGAUUGGUCUCUUCCAAAUGGGCCAGAGUCAGAGAGUGGUAUCGCUCAGUCUGCCGUUGCUUCUGGCCCUGGAGACAGCAGGUCUGGAAGAGCCCUCAUCCGUUUCUCACAGAGAGAAUUGGAGCACAUAUCUGUGUUCUGGGACCUGCCUCUGAUAGCUUCAGAGUUAAUGUUGCCCCAAGCGAUUUAAAGGUUUAUUUAAAUAAACAAAAGCACAGACUGCAAAUCCCGACCUGGCAAAACCCAACAAGACUCUGUAUGUGGUGUUCAUCAGAAUUGCAGCAUUCUCCAGUUCUCAUGUGAGUGGGCCCUUGGAUUUGUGUCGGCUUUUUCAGAGCCCCAUUCUGGACAUGUGGGCUGGGGAGGGGCAGGGGUCAGUGGGGCCCAUACCUGUCCUGUGGGUCCUUCUGGCGUUCUGUAGGUGUAGACGUACAUAGGGCCCCACCUUCGCUCUUAGGAGUGAGCCCAAGUGGGUCAGCUCUCUAUUCCAAAAAGUUGCAUGGCUUGUUUGCCUGGAUCAAGCUUGCUAGACCAGUGUCUUGCAGUCUUUCAGUAAAUAUUUCUUGAGGCACUGGGGACAGAACCUGACCAAGAAAUGCCCAGUCUUGCCAUGUUCCCCCACCUCCCGGGAGGGGAGGCGCCUGGGAGUUGAAUCAGUUGCCAGUGGCCAAUCAUUUGGUUAACAUUCCUCCUGUGUAAUGGAACCUCCCCCCCCCCACCCCCCCAAAGGACAGGGCUCAGAGUGUCCAGGUCAGGAAGCAUGUGGAGCUCCCUGCACCUCCCUGCACCUUGCCCUGUGGAGCUCUUCCGUUCUGACUGUUCCUCAGUUAUAUCCUUUUAUAAUAAGCUGGUAAUUUAGUAAAGAAAAAGGGAAAAAAAGCCCAGUUCUUUCCCUUGGGAAGCUGACAUGAGGAGAAGGCAGGCAGUCCGCCGCUGCAAAGUCAGGGCAGGAGGCCACAGGACCUCCCAGUACAGUUACUUAGCCAGGCCCCUAUCAGGCCCGGAAGGGCCAAGUGAGUGUUGGUUGGGCAAAGACGGGCAGGUGGGGACAGGUGUGUGUGUGCAGAGCCUUAGAGCAGUGACAACAGAGGUCAUGUGGGAGGACUACCAGAGGCUCGGGAGGACUGGAUCCUAAAGGGGAGUCAGGUGAAACGGAGGCCGCACAGACCAAAUUGCAGAGGAUCCAGAUCAGAAACACACCGGCAUGGUAAGAGCAGUAAUCAUGAGCCAUUACGGUCUGAGAAGGAGGAAGACACGGUCAGAUGUGCUGUGUUCUUAUUGGGAGAUUAGCCAACAGACACUGAAUAGCCACCAGUGCCAAACCUGACCAGGGUCUUGCCCUCCGGAAGCUCACCUUUGCCUCCGAUGGCCUUCUGCUGGAGUGGCAGCUCCGGGUUUGGCACGACCUUUAAAAGAAAGAGGAAGUGCGAAGCAGUGGUUCCUCGUGAAGCCAGCAGACAGGGCCUUACUGUUGAAACAGUGCUGGUUCCUCUAGCUUCGCUCCGGAAGCGCACUGCCGAGUGGGUUUGCAGAGGUGAGCAUGUAAUCCCAGACCGGCUUCCUGCUGACUGGUUCCUGCUGGUCGUGAGAAACACUCGUGUCUGGGUUUCGGUUUUUCCCGCCGCUGAAAACCUCACACCUGAGCGUCAUGUCUGCUGGAACAAGAUGUGGCGUUUGGGAUUUAUUUCCUAUCUCAGGCUAUCCUUUCUCCCUGUUUGCAUUCCCUCGCUUCACCGUGGAGAGACUUGAAGUUCCGUAAUCAUCUAGCUCAUUUUACGGUGGCGUGUUUUUAUGAAUGGGGAGCGAUGUUUUUCCUGAUCAGCCAGAGUACCAGAGCACAUCCCUGCUCUGAACCACUCAGCGUGCAGCUUGUGAACCCCGGCUCUGUGAGUGAUAGCCUUGUAGGAGAUCCACAUCCCUCUGGGGCUGUGGCAGUGUGACACUGUUCAUCAUUUGGUGCGAUAGAUAGGGGUAAACGGGAGAGAACGCUGGAAACAGGAUGAGUGUCCUGCACUUCAGAAUUAAGUGGCUCAGGUUUGCUUUCAUGAUUGGAGUGACAGACGCAUGUGGACAUGUGGGCAUUUACCCAGCGGAGGGAAUGGAUGGGCGGUCCUCCCUCUGGAACAGUGACUUGAGCACUGGUUGCUCAGAUUCCUGCAUCCGUGGGUGCUGGCGAUAGGGCGCUCUGCCUAGCAGCCCCCCCAGCAGUUCCAGUCCGUAUUUCGCUCAGGAUCAAUAUGCAUGCAUUCAUUGCUUAGGUAAAAAAAGACUUCCUCGUUGACCGUUCCAAUGGUUUUGUGAGUGCCUCUGAUUGUUGAGUUUUCUGCACUGCAGCUUUAGCAGAGGUCAGUAUCUUACAGAUAUGAGGAAGGUAAGUCAUUUCCUUUGGUCUGUAUUACUGAGCCCAUCUUAUGGCAAGAAGAGAGGUUGAGGGAAUUCUUUGGUAGCCUAGCAAUUAGGGAUCCAGCGUUGUCACUGCUGUGGCUCUGGUUUGAUUGCUGGCCCAGGAACUUGCACAUGCCAGGGCCAGGGGGAAAAAAGAGAGAGAGAGAGGUUGCUGGAGCCAUAGAAUGGUCAGUGAGUCAGAAGACCUCUGCAUGCUAUACCUUGGCCGUCAGGGACAUUCUGUGGUUCCCUUCCUGGUAAUUGCCAGGGUAGCUCCUCAAGCUCCCUGAAUUUUGCGGGUCUGGGCUCCCACAGGGAUUGACCAGGUAUGUGUACAGGAAUGGUCCUUAGAGGAGGUCCUGGACUGGGGUCCCACCUGCUACAUCUCUGAGUCCUCAGGCCUUUGGAAAUGCUGCCCUUGUUUUUAUGGAGAGGAUCGUUACCUACUGUAACUAAUCAGUCACCCCUCAGCUAGCAUUCGAGGGCCUCGCAGGAACCAGGCAGCAGGGUAGGUUCUUGGAGAUACAGUGGUGAGCAGAGUAGCCUGAUCCAUCCCAUCGAGACAGACCAGGAACUCGGCAGUGCUGGAACUGUGCAGCACGUGCUAAGAGGAGGUGGUUGGCUGUAGAGUGUUUACAUAAAUUGGAUCCAGAGCGGCACUUGGGUUGGAAGGAGGUGCUGGAAACUGCCUUUGCAAAGCACUUUAUUUUAGGCUGAGAGAAGCAGUUGAACAUAACUCCGGUAGUGGCUCAGCUUCAUGAUAAGGGAUUUCUCACGGGCCUCAGGGGCCUCUGCAGAAUUGUCUGCUGAGGAAAUUGAGCGCUAAUCAGCCUGGUGGAGCCCUCGUUGCUGGAAAUAGGGAGAGAUGGGCCGGAGGCCAGCGGGGCCUUGAGUGCAAAGCUGGAGUCUGGGAAUGGAGCGGCUCGACCCUAGGCUGGGGCUGGGGCCUGCAAGGCACAGCCACUGCCAGAAUGCGGAGGAGGGAGCUCCUUGAUAGGUCUCCCAUCGUUAGAGGAUGCAUGGGGACUGUAAGUAGGAAGGCCCCAGACUGGGGGGGCACCAUGUGCCAAAGGGUGGAAGUGGCAGUGCCGGUGGUUUGCAGCGCACUGAGGAGCCAGUUGGGGUGCCCGUUGGCGAGGAAAGGGCCAGUGUGGUGGGAUGGCCCUUUGUCCUCCUCACUUCUGUUGUUCCCCCUCCUUGGUUUCAGGUCCAUUUUUUUUUUUAAAUUAAAGUAGAGUUGGUUUAUAAUGUGCCAGUUUUUGCUAUACAGCAGAAUGACUCAGUUGUGCAUAUAUAUACAUUAUUUUUUAUAUUCUUUUCCAUCAUGGUCUAUCCCAGGAGACUGGAUAUAGUUCCCUGUGCUGUGCAGCAGGACCUUACUUAUCUGUUCUAAAUGUAGUUGUUUACAUCCCCUAACCCCAGACACCCCAUCCAUCUUACUCACAGGGUCCUCACAGCCAGGUUUCUCAUUUGUCUUGUGCUUUGAGGACAGAUUGCUUUGUUUGGUCACAUCUUGAUUGUUGAGGUGCAGCGGAGAUGGGGGCGGGGGGACUGCUGUGGUCAGAGACCUGCUUCUCACUGGAGCCUGGCUCUUUCUCAGCAGCCCCCUCCACCAGUGUCUCUGGCGAGCUUUGGGUUUCUGCGCUGUCUGUUGUGAUGGAUUUAUAGUUGGAGGAGUUGCAAAGAUAAAGACCACAGAGAUCCCUUCAGGACCAACCGCAGGAUCUGCAUUUCCUGGCCUGAUAACAGAAAGACAGCCAAGCUCAUGUUCAGUAGUGAACAGAUGCCGAGGUUGCCUGAAGACCCGUCCCUGUCUUCAAGACAUGCGGGGCCCUGUACAGGGCUGAGGGCUUCUGGCUGGCCGAAUGGGGUGUCCUCCUGGUUGAUGAGUCCAGGAAGGAAGGACACAGCUUUGGCAGUCUGACGAGGUAUUACUGCUGUUUCUCCCUUGAGCAAGGUCCAUGCCGAGAAGCUGAGUGUAUAAGAAAGCACCUUGGCCAUCAUGAGAGAUAGAAGAGGCAAGACGCAGGACAUAGGUCAGCGUAGGCUUUGACUGGGCACUCAGACCCUGGCUACAGGGUCAGCUUUCAGGUUGGUGUGUGAUGUUUCAGAGACGGAGCGGGAGGCCGUUUCUCAGCCUCUCCGGCAGUUAGGUGCGGGGCCAUGAGAACACGCCCGUCCUAGUUGAUGGCUCGUGGUCAUACGUGGUGUGCCCCGUUCCAGACCCGGCCUCCGGAAGCCCCUCUGGGUUGUCUCCCACGGCCUUUUCCCUUCGGUGGUAAGCCCGAAUCGUGCAUUGGAGGGUGGGAUGGGUCUGGAUCCACAUAUCUUGUGGAGAACACCAGCCACUCGUGGAAACCUCUUUGGACUUUGCACAAGUGAGACAUACACCAUGGGGACGUCUUUGCUCCAGCAGCUGGCCUUGGGUACGUAGGCUGUCGGUGGUGGAGCCUGACUUGGGAAUUUGAGUUAUUAACCACAACGUUCAACAGCCACUCCCGUCAGAGCCACUCUCUCCCCUCACGUUGGUGCCCGGCCAUUGCUGCCCACGUCCCAGGGGCCUCCGAAGAGCAGGAUGGACCUGGCACAUCCGUGAGCUGCAAGUGAGCUUACUGAUCCAUCUCCAGGGCCACCGCCAUGUCCAGCCGGGGUGGGAAGAAGAAGUCCACCAAAACCUCCCGGUCCGCCAAGGCGGGCGUCAUCUUCCCCGUGGGCCGGAUGCUGCGGUACAUCAAGAAAGGCCACCCCAAGUACAGGAUUGGAGUGGGGGCGCCGGUGUACAUGGCCGCCGUCCUGGAGUACCUGACAGCGGAGAUUCUGGAACUGGCUGGCAACGCAGCAAGAGACAACAAGAAGGGCCGGGUCACCCCCCGACACAUCCUGCUGGCCGUGGCCAACGAUGAAGAGCUCAAUCAGCUGCUAAAAGGAGUCACCAUAGCCAGCGGAGGGGUGUUACCGAACAUCCACCCGGAGUUGCUAGCGAAGAAACGAGGAUCCAAAGGGAAGUUGGAAGCCAUCAUCACGCCACCCCCAGCCAAAAAGGCCAAGUCUCCGUCCCAGAAGAAGCCCGUGUCUAAGAAAACAGGCGGCAAGAAGGGGGCCCGGAAAUCCAAGAAGCAGGGAGAAGUCAGCAAGGCAGCCAGCGCCGACAGCACAACUGAGGGCACUCCCGCCGACGGCUUCACCGUGCUGUCCACCAAGAGCCUCUUUCUCGGCCAGAAGCUGAACCUUAUUCACAGUGAAAUCAGUAAUUUAGCCGGCUUUGAGGUGGAGGCCAUAAUCAAUCCUACCAAUGCUGACAUUGACCUUAAAGAUGACCUAGGAAACACGCUGGAGAAGAAGGGUGGCAAGGAGUUUGUGGAAGCUGUUCUGGAACUCCGGAAAAAGAAUGGGCCCUUGGAAGUAGCCGGAGCUGCUGUCAGUGCGGGCCAUGGCCUGCCCGCCAAGUUUGUGAUCCACUGUAACAGUCCCGUGUGGGGUGCAGACAAGUGUGAGGAGCUUCUGGAAAAGACAGUGAAGAACUGCUUGGCCCUGGCAGACGAUAAGAAGCUCAAGUCCAUCGCCUUUCCAUCCAUCGGCAGCGGCAGGAACGGUUUUCCGAAGCAGACGGCAGCUCAGCUGAUCCUGAGGGCCAUCUCCAGCUACUUCGUGUCAACCAUGUCCUCUUCCAUCAAAACGGUGUAUUUUGUGCUGUUUGACAGCGAGAGUAUAGGCAUCUACGUGCAGGAAAUGGCCAAGCUGGACGCCAACUAGGCUGAGGAACUGCAGAACCAGCCCGCACCAUGCCCCCGCCUCCAACUUGAAAGAAAGCAAGAAAAUAAUCCCCUCCGCUCCUCGGGGGAGGCGGGAACCCUUUCAUUUUCAGUUUUUGCUCAUCUAGGGAAAAUGAGGUUUUGGUUUCCAGUUUAAUUGUUUUUGACCUUCUAAAAUGUUUUUCCGUUAGCACUGAUAGUUGACAUUACUGUUAAGCACUGUGUUCCAGACCGUGUCUGAUUUUAGUGUAACCUAGGAGAUUUUAUAGUUUUAUUUUAAUGAAAUCCUGCUUGACGCAGAGCAGCGGGGAGAGCAGUGUCCUCCACGUGGGGCCCAGUCCAGGAAGCCCCUUUGUAACCGUGUGUCGUGGUGCUUUAUUGUACACCCAGUGGCGUUCUUUUUACUAUAAUGUUCCUUUUAUUUUCCCUCAAGAAGAAAAAUCAUGAAUUUGCAGCCGACUUAAUUUCUGUUUACUUUUUGUCUUAAUGAUGGAUUUGAAAAUGAAAGAUUUAAAAGGCAGAACAGAAUCUGUUGUCCUUAAUUAUAUUUGCAAUUUGGAAUUUGUGUGAAUUGAUUUAGUAAAAUGUUAAACUGUUG